AUGUGUCUUUGGUCACUGGGACGUUAUCUCCCCAUGUUUGUGCUACCGGUUCAAGUUGGAACACUUGGCUCUUACAACAUGAUACUACAAUACGUUGACACAAAAAGUGUUCUAUUCACGUCAGUCCAUUCAUUCAAGUCCCAUGGGAUGGAGAAAUCACCGCCGUACUUCAUUCUUACAUUUUACGGCGAAUUACUGAAACAAAAGAACAUUGUUCUUGUGCGAGGUGAUAUUGUGAAUCCAAAAGACGUCUCAAAGGUUAAUGCAAAUAAACUUAUGGAACAUACCGUUAAGUUCUACUCAGACAUAAAUCUUUACAAGUGGGUUGACCGUUUUAAUAACCGACCGCGCGAGUUCGAAUUCGAAGACUUCAAACGGAAAUGCAAACACGUGUUGGAAGAGUGA